AUGAUCGUGCGACAAAAGGCACAAGAGAAUAGCAGUGAUAGAGGAAAGAAGACGGGAACAUCAGGGGAUAGAGUGAGAAAAGAGAGGCUUUCGGAUGACGGGAAGGCAGCAGCGUUUACCUUGUUAAGAGAUCGGAUUUCGCAAGAGCGAACUGUUCGCCGGGGAAACCCAGAAAUCCAGGACAGCCGCCUUCGCCGGAGUAGCGACGGUAGAGACCGGAGAUAUUUGGGAAAGCUAGGAGAGCCGCAGAAGGAAGAAAGGUUUUGA